GUGCGUGCUCGCAAGGAGAAUCGCAAGUACCUGGAGCCCUCGUGGAUUCGCUAGCUGGAGUCUCCAACUGCAUCGUCUACUUAUUGAGAAGAGCCGUCCUGGAAGAGGCAUCCAGAGGAUCAGGCUUGGCGGCGGCGGAACUUAGAACUGUAGCUAUCUCCUAAGAGUUCAUCUCGAUUUGCAAUUCCUCUGUAAUCCAGCACAAUUUCUCUGUAAUCGCUACUCUAUAAUCACCAUAGUGCAGAGGAAAUUGGGUACCUAACAUCUGGUAUCAGAGACCUCCUUCCACCCUCCCGUUGGCGCCGCUUCCAAUUAUCGAGACUCGUCGCGUUUGUCAGAUCCGCGACCAAAUCGAGCAGAUGGAUCCGUCCUUCAAGGAGUUGUUCGAGCGUCUCACAACAGGCUUUGACGAGAUGCGGCACGACAUGCGGGAAACCACAACUGUGGUUCGCGCCCAAUCGGCGAAGAUGGAUGAGUUCGCGGCGUGGCGCCCGGAGACGGAGGCGCGCGUCAGCAACCUCAGCGAGGCGGUCGCGUCGCUGGGGCGCGGCCGUCUUGGUGAGGAGGUGGCGGCUCCCCUUGUCCCGCCACACCCAAGGUACGCAGCCAACGACGAUCUCAUCGUCGGCGACACUGGCAUGCUCAGGGCUCCUCACGGGUCUGCGGACCACGGCGACCCAGGGACUUCACGGGAGCGGGCACCGGGGGGCUUUGUGAUCCCGGCGCCCCUCCCGGCCAAUGAGCAAAGCUGAAGAUAUGAUUUGGAGUGCAUUGGAUAUAAUCUUUUGUAUUUUCUAGAGGAAGGUAGGAUCAUUUGUGUGAACAAACUUCCCAUACAUCAUUUUCUCCUUCCUGUUGUGGCAGAGUAACAAAAGAUAACUGCAAUUAUAUCCAUGUUCACUGUUCAAAACAGUGUGUUGCUGACACGUUUUGGUUUAUGUAGCAAUGUAGGCAUACGUAUAUAUGUUCCCUCUAUUAGCAUCGUUAACAAUAAGUGAGCUAGGUGUGCUUUUGAUUUUUGACACAUCCUUAUAUUUGUUUUUUUA